AUGGGCCAGGUUGUUCCCAGUAAUGUUGAAACAUUCGGAACACUUAUUGUUGUCAUAGCAAUCGUUUUCUACACACUCCUCUUCGCUGGCACACUACAGUUCCUAUAUCUUAGGAAGAAGAGUUUCGCAAAGAUAAUCAAAAGGCGUGCUUUUCGGUAUCCAAUGGAUUACCGCAUGAAUUGUAUCGCAAGGAGAAUGCGAGAUAGCGUCAACGAGGGGAUACCUGAGCUUAUCAUGGCACUGGAUAUAGGGUGUCCCGGGUCGGAGCCAUAUGCGAGCAGACGCGACAGGUUGCAGAAGAGCUCUCUCCCCCAAUCACUCGCAGAUUUUCUUACAUAUGGUUUUCUUGCUGAUGACCUAACGGAAGAUGAAUAUCACUACAUAGAAAAAGUCGUCCAAAGCACGACUGCAAUACAACACAAAAUCCAGGCCCCGGCGCGAAAAGCCGCAAAUGACAAUAAUUAG